GCACUCAAGCUGGCCGCGACGACGACGGUGGAUCGAAACGAUGCGUACCGUAUAACAGCCAGCGUAAAAAGGUUAGCUCUACCCCUCCAAGCACACCGCAUACAUCGGCUGCCCCACACGCGUGCGCACCCCGCCCUCACAACAUGGCGACCGUAGAGGCAGCAACAGCCGCCGUGUUCAUGUCCCCCUCCGCCUCGCCCACCGCACCGGGUCCCGGCGGAGGCAGCAGUGCGGAAAGCUUAAUCCAGCACGCGCGGCAGCGCAAUGAAACAGCACCAGCGCAGGCAGAUGAAGAACAGGAAGAAGACGACCAUUCCCUCGUGCCCAUCGGCGCAGCAUACCUCGGCGCAACGCGCGCCUCGCUGCGAAGCGCAUCGCGCUCGCCCGGUUACAACUACCACCACCACCGCAGUACCGGCCGCAGCAUAGCAGCUCAGCAGCAGCAGGAAGAGGAGGAUCUCGCAACCGCCGAUCUGCGUACCGUCUUCGACCCCGCCACGUGCGCCAAGCGCGGCCGGGUGGCCGUCCCCGCGCGCGUCGUCCCGUGGCAUCCGGUUGCCUCGAAGAGAAAGCAGAACCAGAACCAGAAGUACAACAAGGCACAGCGCAUCAUGCGCAGCAACGGCAAUGGCACCGAGAAUACCACAGCAGCAGAGGAGGAGGCGGAGCAUGAAGGCGCCGAGGAAACGUUCAGGAUCUACUACGAGGUCCACGGGCACGGGCCCAAACGCAUGGUCUUUGUCAUGGGCCUCAACAUGGCUUGCUUCGGGUGAGUCUUGUCUCGUCUCGUCUGUCCCCAGCUCUUUGAGGUAUAGAGUCAAGAAGGGACAUCGGACAAUGAUUCAGGUGUAUAC